UUUUUUCCAACACGUGUCUGAAAUGUUAGAUCUGACAUAAGAUAUAACAGGUGCAAAAAUUAAAUUAUGAAGAAAUAUUUCAAAGAAAUUUUUGAACAAAAAUUUUCAGAAGCGGGCUUUAAUAAAAAGCCUGAUAAAACAGAUGAAUCUUCAAAUGAUUUUGAAUUCUUUGAAAAAUUUUUGCUACAAAAUCCAAAAAAGGAAAAAUAUUCAGAUGCCAAUCUGGUUAAAAUUGACAAAAUAAACCUUAAUAUAAAGUCCAUGGAUGAAAGCCAUAUUAAAAAUAAUCAAAAGAUAAUUACUAAAGAUGAUGUUUUACAAGCUGAGAGAAAAUUACAGCUUAUAUCUUUGGAAUAUCUUCUUAAAAGUGAAAAUGUAAUGCAAGAAAAAUUUCUAGAUCAUGAGAAGAUACUGGAAGACACUAUAAAAAAGAUUGAAGAUACAUUGAAUGGUAAUCUAGAAAAUGAAAUAGAUAAACUAAAUCAAAUUUCAAGACAACCUAUUGGAGGCAAUUUGAAGAAGAUGUUUAUUGAUAUUCAAAAUACCUCUCAACAAAUGAAUUUGUCUAAUCAAAUCUGUGUCUACGAGGAUUGGUCAGGCUUGGCUUAUGUUCAAAGGCCAAAUCAAAACAUAGCUUCUCUCUCUGAAUUAUCGAUAAAAUUUAAAGAACCAGAACAAUCUUCAGACUAUGAAAAAUCAAAUAUUCUUGAAAAUGAAUACGCGGCAAGCAAAAAUAUGAACGGCAUAAUAUCUUUAAAUUGAUAUUUUUUCGGUUCAUUUUGAAUAAACGAUAAAAGAUUUAUAUUGUUAAUUAUUUAUAAAAUAAUUUACGCAAAACUAGUAGUAUUACCUCUAUUUUUUCAACUGAUGUUAUAAUUGUUGUAUUAUUAUAUAUAUAUUGAUGUUUAUAAUAAUAUUUAUAUGU